CAUGGGGGCGUCGUGAACACGGCUGUCGUGACAGCCCGUCUCCCAUCGCCCACUCUUUGUGCCAGCACAUUGUUCGAUUUUAUUCGUUUUUAAGACGAGGUGCACACGAUGCAGAUGACAAGGUGUUCAUCCUGGGCUCAGCAAUCGCCCAGGGCUGACUGCUGCGCGUUGUGCCCUCGUCCACGGCGAUCGCUGAAACUGCAUUGUGCGCUCUCGCUUGAAAGACCAAAUGACAAUAUAAAGCGCAAGAACAAGCCUAAUGCACCUGCGGCUGCGGCGACACUCGUGGUAGAACCUCUCACGACCCGCGUGAGCGAAGACGAGCAGACUGCAUAUGAUGCGGGCUUCCAGGCUGGACUAGCAGCAGCGGCCCGGCAAUCCCAGGAAAAGGCCCGGCCUGUGCACGACUCCUUGAUGCGGAGUAUCGUCAAGGCGUUCUCCUGGCGCUUCUUCUCCACGGCUACAACAAUCGCCCUCGCGAUGACAUUCUUCCAUGCUUCGGCCAACGGCCAGCUCUCCGCGCCAUAUCUCAUGUCAUGGACUGUCGCCCAACACUGUUCCCUCACCAAGUCACCCUGCUACCCUGAUCCGCACUCCUUUUGACCUCCCGCCCGCUGCUCCUCUCGCAGCUCGAUACAGCACUUGAGAUGGGGGCGGCGGAGUUCGUCUCCAAGUACGUCCUCUACCUCAUUCACGAGCGGCUCUGGAUCCUGGUAACCAUGUUCUAAGCACAGCAGCACGGGACAGCAGCGGACGCCUCUGCACUCUCCCACCUCCACGUUCGCUGGCUUGCUUGUUCGCUUACUUGUGGAGCCGUUUUCCGUACGUAUCGUACAAGGCAGCACUACUGUGGACGGACCGGAGGCUGCAGGGAGGGGCAGCGUGAGCGGGGAGGAGCAGCCGUACAGAGGUGGGGGAGAGCUGGAUGGAAGCAGGAGGGGGGUACGGUCCGGGACUGACGGGGACAUUGCAGCCUAGUCAGGCAUGGAGAUUAGUGAUGCGCUCAGCAGGUCGCAGCACCUCUGCUUCGGACCCUCACUUGGUGUGGGGCGCAAGGCUGUGCGCGUUGUGACAUUCCUUGGACUCGCUCUUGGUUGAUUGCAAGUAGGAGCAGCGAUUGAGGGUUCAAACGAUUGUGCAGCAGAUGUGUGAGGGUUUAGGAAACUCAGAGCGACAGCUAGUGUUGUCCUGUUGGGGUUUGGGUUGGGGUUUGGGUGCAUAUAAAGGGAUGGGCUGGCUGGGGGAUCAAGGGCUAGCUUGCCAUCUGUUCGGCGUUGGGCUGGGAGAUGCGGGCUGGGAACCGGUCACAGACUGCAUGCGACUCGUUAGGGAAGGGUAGACGCGCUUAUCUAGUACAGGAAUAUGAAAACGGCGAUGUUUAUGGAGUGAGGACAGUCGGAGGGAGGAGGGCUUUUACUGUUUUGCACAGGCCAUGAGAUCUCUUUACGCAAUAUGGCUUUGCAUGGAUCUUCAAUUUGUCGGGUGCAGCGGAAUGCCCGCAUGCAAUGAUGGCAGCGGGGCAGCUCGUUUCAAUGCGGCAUGGAGGCAUGUCCAUGAUUUACCAAGUUUUUCAUGCACGAACGGGCCGCACUAGUGCGGCUGUCAUCCUGGAUGUUGUUGUUGUACUACCUGUUGUGUUGGUUUCGGUCGCUGUCGUGCUUUAACAAGAUGUUAACAGAGAGAGUUAAUGAGAGGGAUGCGAGUAAACGUCCUGGCACUAGACCCUGCAAGACCAGGCUUUUUACAAGUUAACGACGAGUAUUGCUAUUUCAUGGGUUUGCUUGAGCGCGGAUGCUUUCGCAUGUUUGCUGAUCCGGGGAUAAGAGCGUAGCGUUGUGUGUUGAGCUCCGAGGUUGUCCCGCGUAUCCCAAGCAAAAAGAGGUAUUGCCUUCGUGCCUGCAAGCCAAGAGAAACACCUCAGAGCUGGGUGACCGACCUGGCCUAACCAGACGAUGUUGGAUCGCGAGUUGCAGUUAUAUUGUUAGUACCUGUAGUCCUUGGAAAUUGCGCUUUGUAUGAUGACGAUGAUGGUGGUGGUGGUGUGAAUGUCAAGGUGGCAGUUGAUCAAUCAGUUGUUGUUGGAACGCUGGUGGCCUAGGUUACCUGCAAGUUGGAGCGUCCAGCGUUUGCCUAGAGCGCUUGCGAGCUGUUCUUAGGACGCUGGGUGGUGCCGUGGCGGUUUGAGUCUUACUAAUGGGUUACACGCCAGAUGUCUUUGGUGCGUAAAUAGUAGGACAUCCAUGCCGUACGCAGCAAACAACAACUCACAUAUCCCCAUGUCACGGCCAACUCACAUCCUCGUUAGCGAUAUGGCGUGUGGGGGUGGGUGUGGUGCGUGCCUCCUUUUAUAAGCAGUGUCGGCGCUACCGGUUAUUGGAGUUCAAGAGGAUGGGGUUGGGAGGCCCGUGGAGAGCUGGGGGAAACGAACGAGAGGGGCGGGACGCGAGAGCCAUGCACCCUAUACCCUGGUGCCGAUGGCUGCAUGUUGGGAGGUAUUGGAGCGGCUUUUCAGGCGCUGCUGUUAAGGCUGGCAGUGGCUAUAUGGUGAUAAGCCCGUUACAUGAUUCACUGGUUGGUGCGCAAAUCCAACGGGUCAGGGCGCCCUGCCACCGACUGUAUCGCACAUGGAUAGACCUGCAGUGAACAGCACGACAACCUGGAUCUGUAACCAGACCGUGCGCUUGCGACCA